AUGGCCGGCGAGGUGGAUAUGUCUCAGUACACCAUUUCAAAGGAAGUUGAUGUAAAUCUUCUUAAUUGUAGAACAGCUUUUGCUGGGCUCACAGAGAAAGAAAAGCUCUACGCUCAUUACUUGUGUUGUGCCUCAUGGGAGGGCGCUCUUAUUUGUUUGCUCCAAACGUCGCCGGAAUCUCCCGGAAUUUUCCUUCUUUUACAAGAAUUGUUCCAAGCAGAAUCUGUCGAGGAGCUCCAAGAAAGAGUUUUAAAAUCCGAAAAUGGCCCCUCCAAGGAAGAAUUUGAGGUAAUACAUAUGGUCAGGGGUAAAUACAAGUGUUAAUUCUACCAAUCCAUUGAAAAUUGAAUUAAGAAUUGAUAAUAAAUUAAUUAACGUUUAACUCCAAAGAGUGACCGAGACAUAAUUUCUCCUUAAAAUUAACAAUAUGUACAACAUCAAGCAGACAAAUGAUAGAAAUAAGGGAAAAUAUGAAUUAGGGGAUUAUUAGUUGAUCUGAUUCCAAAUUCUCCUAACUAUUAUCAUAAUAGUAUUGUAUGGCAGACAGUAAGGAGAUUUACUAAUGAGAUCUGGGGGUGAAAGGAUUAAAAUUAAUAUUUAACUUUAUUAAGUUUUAAGCAUAUGUCUCUAUUGUCUUAACUAAAUUGAUAAAAUAUUGGAAGGUAGCCUUAGAUAAAUUUGCCUAUAAUACAAAUUGUAACCGUUAAGAUAUAAAGCCUGGAGUAAUUUUAAGUACCAGCUAUUUCAACCAGCCUACCAUAGAAAGACUGACUGGUAAACUGACAAACAGUCAAAUGUUCAAUGAAAUUCUUUGGUCUUUGGAUGUAUUUGAAAACAGCUCAGCCAAAUAUCUCUUGCUCCCCUCUUGCAAUGUUGAAUUAAAUUCUAGAAAGACUCUCAGAGAGGUGCUGUUGGUUUCAGUUUUGCUGAGAGGAGACUGAUGGAGGGGUGGUGAAAAGGAUUUUUUCAACGUCCUUUUGGUGUAAUUCUUUUUCCACGACGGAAAGCAGUUACUUCACACAAAUAUUUUUGUCCCCGCUGAAGGUGUCUUUAGAGCUUUUUAACCCUUUCACCCCUAAUAGUGACUAACAUCUAAUUUCUCCCAGCAAUAUCUCCCCUAAAUCACACUGAAGGUCAUGAGAAUAAAGGAAAUGAUCACCAACCAAAGGAGCUCUUGAUUGUUGAACAAAUUCUCCUUGUCAGCACCUUAAGAAAUGUAUGAUGAACAGUAUGGAGAAUAUGCAUACUGAUAUUAGGGUGUAAAGAGUUAAAUACCAUUGCUGUUGGAAGUAACCUGCAAAGUAAUUUUUAAUGUCUUUAAUUUCUCAUUGGUUUUGCAGAAUUUUCUGAUUUAUGCUGCAGCAUUCUAUGGUAAUGUUGGCAACUACAAAUCAUUUGGCGACACAAAGUUUGUUCCUGAUUUACCAAAGGUAUCUUUAUUGGCCUAUUAAUGUACUGCUUCUUGAGUCUUUUAUGAAAUUUUCCUGUGUAGAGUUAAAGAAAAACUUAUGGUUCAUUUUGUUUUUCUGUUUUUUUUUUUGUUGUUCUGUUUGUGAUUCUGUAGGAAAAAUUGGAAAGUGUAGUUUUCUCAAGUAAAGCUUAUGAGAAAAAUGCAAAAAGGGUGGAGCAAUUGUGGAGUGACUGUGGAGAUAUGAUGUAUUCACUUACCCCCAAAUGUCGACAACUUGGCCUUGGUGAGCAGGUAAGUGAUAUGUUUUGAUUAAAUCUUGCAAUUUUGCAACAACUGUCUUAAUUUUUUUGCCUUCUGGUGAAAGAUGCUGUGAUGUAAUGACCGUGGCCUGUAUGAGCUUUGAAAUCUUGACCUGGGAGAGUACUAGGUUCCAGCUCUGGUCAGGUCACUGAAUUGCAUUCUUGGCUAUAUGAAUUGUUUCACUAUCACAGUGCCUGUAGUGACCUAGGAGUAUAAAUAUUUACCAUGCUGCAGUUAUUGUUGGGAAGACCUGCCUGAGAAAUUGAUAGGAAUUGUACCUGCAAGGAAUAAGCAUUUUGCAAAGAAGGAGAAAUGAUACUCCUCUACACAUAAAGUUGAUUAGUCUUGGGGAUUACAGUACAAGCUCUCUCAUGCCAAAGAACUGCUAAACUCAUGAGACCCUCUUGUUACCUUUUUGUUGUGCUUGGUUUAACGUGUUGUUAAUUCUUUUGCUAAAAGUGAAAUACUUGUGAUUAACACUGAUUAUACCUUAAUUUCCCUUUUACCAGGGUCUUUCCACAUAUUAUUCCAGUAAUUGUGCAAAGGCUGAUGCUGAAUUGGCGCAAGAGUUUAUGAAAGAAAAGGUUAGUGCAAUUUCAAGUUACCAAAUGAUUUUAUGAUAAGAGGAAUGGGAUGUCUCAAGAAAUGUUUUGUAAGAAUUCUUUCAGGGGAAAGUUUUAUGUCAUUCAUUAACUGUUUGAGAGUAUGCUAAAGAGUAUAACUAAAGACAAAUGCACAGAUUGAUGACAUCUGUUCUGGAUAUUUAGGUGAGGGACGUACUGAGAUGCUCUAGGUUUUAAUGUGCAUGAUCUUAGAACUGUUCUUACCUGUUUGUCAUCUUUAUUGCAAAUGAUUCCUCCUAAUUCUGUGCUCAUCAUGUUAAUUGCCAUGGAAAGUGAUGUUAUUUCCAUCACUUUCUCUUCACUUUGUUCUUCCAUCUUUAAUGAACAUUUUUUGAUUUUCUUGAAAUUUUAUUCCAUACUCAAUACAUAUAAAUGAUACUUUUCUCCUAAUAACAACAGUGAAGUUUUUACAUGAUUAUAACAUUAUAUGUAUGAAAAUGUGACCUGUGCUUCAUCAUUGUGAUACCAUGUUUUAUUAUUUUUACAAUUGAUAUCAACCCACAGGACAUAGAAACCUAUAACACAAGAUUAUUUAAGGAGGAGAAAGAUGGUCAUGUGACAUACAUUCUUCGCAUAGCUUCAGUGGCAAAAACUGGUGAGUUCAAGUAUAGGAUGCUAACAAAAACAUGAAACAAAGAAAUAUGUCUUGUUUUGCAACCAUUGCACUUAAUUUAGCGUUUCUUUUGCUGGUGAAGAGCACUUCCUGGUCAUUUACAAUUGAUGCCAAGGUCCCAAGACCUAGCAAGGGUCCUGUGGGGUUUGUGAUCUCUUCUCUCUCUCCCUCCCCCUCCCCAAGGAUAUAAAAAUUUUAUUUGGUUGUGAAACAUGAUUGUGCUUAACUAAAUAUAUUCCUGUUGUAGAAUACUCUGCUAAAAAUUUCUGAUGCAGUAUAUAUGUCUUUGCGCAUCAUGAAAUUUUUUGUGUGAUUCUUUUGUUUAAAGCAGAGCCAUAUCCUGGAGCAGAUGGGGAAGAAGACAAAGUAGUAACAGUUUUGGGUUCUCAUGAAUUCAAAGGCUGCACCUUCAGGGUGGAGAGAGGAGAUUAUUCUGGUCUACUAAAAAGAGUUGUCGAAAAUCUAGAGAAAGCUAAGGUAAAAUGGAAGAAUUUCUUUUGGAACAAUUCUCACUUGAUUAAUUCAGCAAUGAAUGUUUUUCUUUUCAUGUUGUGAUGUUUGUUGUUCUUGUUGUAUCUUAAAUGUCAUGUUGUCUGAACAGAUAAUUGGUAUAAUGGAACCUCUUAGUUAAAUUGAGGAGUAGAAAAGGCUGAUUAAAUGUGACAACAAUCUGCCUUGCCAAUAAAUAAUACUCCAAUAUUCCCUUGUUAUAUGUGGAGCAAAGUCAGUCAUGGGACUGUUUUGACCAGUUAUUGUCAAGCAAGAACAUUUAAUGGAUAAUGAUGAUAUGACAUGAAUAUAUGUUCAAUACCUUGCAUUUACUUCUAGGAAUUUAGUGCUAAUAACAAUGAACUGUCCAUGAUAAAAAGCUACAUACACAGCUUCAACACAGGCUCCAUUCAGGCUCAUAAGGAUGGCUCUAGGUUCUGGAUCAGAGAUAAGGGACCCAUUGUUGAAACGUAGGCAAACAUAGUAUUUUGUGAUGAAUUUCUUAAGGGAAGUAUCCUUAUUGCUGGCAUUGGUUGUUUAGAAGAAAUUAGCUAUGUCUUUACUAAGUGUCAGAGAAUUUGAGCUGGCAUGUGUGCGACAACUUUAUAAAGGCUUUUUGGUGAUUAGACAAACUCAAUGGAUUUAAAAAUUGAAAGGAAAAUGAUACUAAAAAUCUAAAGGCCCUCUUUUAUGUCAGAGCCAAAACAGCCAGAAUUUGGAAAGGGGAGGGUGUGAUGGCCUAAUUGUAGGGGUCAGAAUUUUUCUACUGUCUGUUUUCACAGAGGUCAGUAAAUGAGGUAUUAAAGCUAUAGUAGAAAUGUUCAUGUUUAAGUAUGUUGCUUAAUAAUAAAUAAAUAUUGUUUUAGUUACAUAGGAUUUAUUGAGACAUACAGAGACCCUUCAGGUGUUCGAGCAGAGUAUGAAGGUAAUUGAAGACAUAAUUUUGUUUUAUGGUAAUUGUUUUUUUGUACCCAUCUUGUAAAUAACCAGCCUAUAGCUGCCUGGCUACCCAUUGUAUCCACUUGCUUAUCAGUGAACUUGAUUGUGUAUCUUCAAAUGAAUAAAGGGGUUAAGUUUCUAAAGAAACUGUGACUCUGCGUUGGUGGGAGAUUAUAACCAGGUAAUUUGGUAUUAUUAACUGAGUUGUUAAUAUAAGUUGGCCAUUGUCAGAAAGGCUAAUACUUGAGAUGAAGGGCUAAGGCUUGGAACGCCAGCUUUCAAACUCUUAAUGAUGGCCAAUUUACAUAAUCAACUCAGUUGAUAAUACCAAAUUACUUGGUGUAUCUUCAAUCUUAAUAAACCACAUACAAUACCCUCAUACCUACUGCUACUGGACACAACAAAUACGCAUCUAAAUGUAUUAUUUUAUUUAGUACUAAAUGAAAUACCUAAAUAUCCAGAGAGAUGUCUCUUGUCCUGUGGCUUACAAUGGUUUCCAUACCAAGAUUACAAUUAAUGUCAGUAUCAUUAAUACAGACUCAAAAAGCUGAUUUGAUUUAAUCAUCAUUUGCAGGGUUUGUGUCAGUUGUUAACAAAGAGAUGAGUGCCAAGUUUGCAUCACUAGUGUCCAAAGCUGAGAAGUUGCUUCCUGAGCUGCCAUGGCCUCCUGCGUAUGAGAAGGACAAGUUUUUAAGACCAGACUUUACUUCUCUUGAUGUGCUGGGCUUUGGAAGCAGUGGUAUACCGGCUGGAAUUAACAUUCCUAAUUGUAAGUCCAGAUCAAAUUCUUAGUUCUCUCAAGUAGAUGAAUAUGAAUUCCUUCAUGCAAGUAGGGAGAAUAAACAAAGUCAUUAACCCAAAAAUGGAGGAUGCAUGGUUAGAUGAGAUUCAUAUGAAUCGCUGCUGUUCUGUUUUUUUUUUUCUCAUUUUAGAUGAUGAAAUUCGUCAAGAAGAAGGCUUUAAAAAUGUAUCUUUGGGAAAUGUACUGGCAGCUCAUUCAGUUGACAAGAAGGUCACUUUCCUUAGUGAUGAGGAUCAAGUGAGUUGCCUUAUGCAAUGUCCCACUUUUUUCUAAGAGUAACCACUGUGACAGAAUUUGUAACCAUAGUUAUCAAGCUUGCCUUUAGUAAAAGUUUCAAAACUGUUGAGUAAAAAUUCAUUCAAUUUACAUUUUACUUUUCUUUGGAUAGUUAAGAAGAAGUUCCUCUGAACCUCUUCUCUUGUCAUCAGUAUGUAGCAUUAUCAUUGAAAUGACAUUUAAUUGAUAUCUUUUUAUUUCAUUUGACUGUAGGAGCUGUUUACAAAGCUUAAAGCCCCAUCCUUUGAGGUACAAGUUGGCCUUCAUGAACUCUUGGGCCAUGGAAGUGGCAAGCUAUUUGUUAAGGUGAGUGUUUCAACUGUCUGGUUUAACACAGAGUUGCUUUUAGAAAUAUUGGCAAUCAUAGUGUACUUUCUUGUCCAAACAUUUUUAUGCAGUUGGUUUUAGUUUACUUGCUGGUGUAGCACAUGUAAUCUUUUUUUUUUUCUCAGAAAAAUGAUGGCACAUAUAAUUUUGACCUUGACAGUGUGAUGCACACAGAAACUGGAGAAAAGGUGAAAGGGAAAGUUCUCUUUGUCACUGAUACUUUGUUAUUUUGAGUGACACAAGCACUUAGGUCUAUCAGACAUUAAUGGUGUUAUUGUGGUUUCCAGAUCUCCAGCUGGUAUACUGACGGGGAGACCUGGUACACACGGUUUGCUGAAUUAAGUCCAUCUUAUGAGGAAUGCCGUGCAGAGUGUGUGGGAAUCUACCUUUGUACCUCUAAGGAAGUACUGAGGUGGGUGCCAUGCAUAUCUUCUGUUUAAACUAUGUAUUGCAAUUCUUAAUUUUGAUUGGUUACAAGCUAUGACACAACUGCCAUGGGAUAAAGGGGUAAGUUUCUAAAGAAACUGUGGUGCUGCAUCGGUGGGAGGGUAUAGCAGGUAAUUUGGUGUUAUCAACUGAGUUGAAAAUGUAAAUUAGCCACCAUAAAGGGUAAAAAAAGCUGACAUUUUGAGCGUUAGCCCUUCGUUAGCCCUUCGCGUUAGCCCUUCAAUCGCUCUGACAAAGGGCUAAUGCUCAAAACGUCAGCUUUUUUACCCUUUAUAGUGGCUAAUUUACAUUUUUAACUCAGUUGUAAACACUAAAUUACCUGCCAUGGGAUAAAUUGGGCUCAACUGCCCAAGUUAUUCUAUGGUCUUUUAAUUUGGUAGAAACAAGGCAUUUCAACAAUGUUUUGAAUUAUUCUGUCAGUCCAAUGUGAAAAAGUUAUUAAAAUAGGCUAUUCAUGAUCUCUGUUUUAAUGCACACUGCUUUAAAAAUAGGGCUCUACUUAUUGUACCUGCAGAAUAUUUGGGCAUGAAGGCACUGAUGCUGAUAACAUAGUUUACAUCAACUGGCUGAAUAUGGUCCGUGCAGGUCUGUUAGGACUGGAAUUUUAUACCCCUGAGAAUAACAAAUGGCGGCAGGUAUGUUAGAAUUAAACAGCAGCUUUAAAAUGUAAACAGGAAGUAUGGUGCAUGCUGUUAGAGAAAUUUGCUUUGACCAGAUCACACAAUUGUCUAUUCCAUGUGGUCAUCUCUGCAAAUGGCACUGAUGGUUAUGUUUUAAGAUGAUUACAGUGAUUGGCUUUUAAAAAUUGCUCACAUCUUGCACUGUAAAAAAUCAAAGAUGAAAUCUGGGUGGUGUGCUUGCCCCUAUGCUUUUUAGUACUUGUUGUUACUUGGCAUUAGCAACACGAACAAGUUUUUUUGCAGAAUUUCCCACUUGUGUUGCUGAGAAUUCUGCACACGCUGGUUCAGUAAUCUUGGACCGUAUACUUUCUCUUGAUUCAGGCUUUAUUGAUGACAAUUCAGCAUUACAAGUUCUGUUUUGUGAUCUGUCUACUCUAUUACAAUCUAAUCCUUGGGUUACAAAAAUGUUACAUUUAUUAGCUAAGGAAAUCCACACCCAGAUACAUAAUUCCAUGUGGGAUUUAAGAUUCACUCACAUUCUACAACGAUUCAUGGGCACUAAUUUCCUAUUAAUCAUGGCUUUACUUGACAAUCAUGCAGCUAAGUUCGUAUGUGCUUAAACACCCUGCAAAUACCUAAUUUCAUACAUCACUGCUCACAGAACUGAUUUGAUUACCCUAUUCCACACCGCUCCCAAUUACAUGCUACUUCUAAUUGUAACAUUAACUCUGUACUUUAACGGUAAUAAAAUUACAACUCACUUAAUACACAAUGAAAUUCAUAAUAAAUCUAGGAAAUCAAUUUUUGUGGGGAAACAUUUCACAACAAGUUUACAGAACGAGUUAAAAAUAGUGGACAACAGUGAUGCCCCAAAGCUAAUUCACUUCUACUGUCAUUUAUGAUUGGCAAGUGUGUCCCACUCCUAAGAGUCAGCCAUAAAGAUUUAUGGAAUUUUUUGGUAGUGCAUUCUUUAAAUCUAGCUAAAAUAUUGUGUCAUCAACGAUAGUGUAGAAAAAGGUCCACUAUAAGUCUCCUAGUACAACUAAAUAUUUUGUUGUUAUUGUAGGCUCACAUGCAAGCACGGUAUGUCAUUCUACAAGUUCUCCUUGAAGCAGGUGAAAAUUUAGUACAAGUGACCAGUAUCACAGGGUCAGAUGGUAAACCAGAUGUGUUGGUGACACUGGAUAGAACAAAGAUUGAAUCUGUGGGAAGGCCAGCUAUUGGAAACUUCCUCAGAAAACUACAGGUUUGUCAUUGUGCUUUUAUGUAUGAACAAUAAUAUUUUCCUCCUGAGUAUUUUUAUUUCAAAGGAGACACUAUAGAAUGCUUAAUGGGGGAUGUAGUGGUUACCCUGUGACCAGGGGGCUAGAAUUUGGGUUGAUAAGUCUUAAGUGGAGACCCUGGCUAGGUCAAUUUGUUGUCAUCUUAUCAUCAUCUCUGAUAUAAAAUCUCAUUUUACCCAUAGAAGGAUGAAACUCUACUGUAUUGGUCUCUGCUUUUAUCUUCUUUUGAUCAAAUUCUUUCUCCUCAUAGGUGUACAAGUCAACAGCAGAUUAUGAUGCUGGCAAAGCUUUGUAUGAUCAAUACUCAGCCGUAAAUGAGGAAUAUUUAGCAUUGCGUCAGACAGUUCUUGCUCGCAAGACUCCACGAAGGAUGUUUGUUCAAUGCCAUACAAGCAUUACAGGUAAGCUUGAUAGUAUUUGUCAAGAGGAGCUUUUAAUAAGGAUGGGCUCAUGAUAAAAAUGUGCUCAAUCAGUUACACCAAGUGUUAUGCCCUGAAGGACUUUUCUUUUCCUUACAAAAAUAAUCAAAGGGGUACAAGGAGGUGAAAGCUUAUUUAUGCAGGUGCACUCAGAGUCACUCUACCAAAUUCUCAAGUGGUGCUCAUACUCAGAGUUGCAUAUCAAGGUUUCUUUGAAGUAUUCAGUCCAUUUUUUUGUGUGUCCUAGAGAAAUUUCAAAAUAAUGACAAAAAGAAAUCUCCCAAAAGACACAAUGUUAUUGUGUUACUGCAGUAGUUUCUAAAAGUAUAUGAAUCAAGUAUAGAAAUGCAACCCAAAAUUGAAAAAAAAAAACCAACAAAAUUUAUCAAUUUCUCUCUUUAGGAGACAAUGAUGUUAGUUUGACAGAAUUUGAAGCAAGCCCUGCUGGGAUGAUCAAGUCAUUCACAACUCGCUUUCCAAGUGAAGACAGUGUGUUAGAAGAGCUAUGGAGAGCUGAGAUGCCAUACCACAAGUUGUGAUAAUAUAACAUGAACUGCACCAGAAAAAGAUGUUCCUGGCUAAAACCUCAUCUCCUGAAUUUCAGUAGCACAGAUACUAAUAUUGUCAUCACCCUGCAUAGCAGGCAUAAACUGAAUAGGAAAAUGGUAGGGGAUAGGGGGUUGUCCCCCCCUUCCCAUAGCACAUUUACCUCACCCCUCCUCCCUUUGGCUUUUGUUUUAAUUAUUUUAUUAAAAUAUUAUCUUUUCUAUUGCCCUUGUUUUCCUUGUUAAAACCACAAUAUCUCAACUUCUUUUCACCAAAAUGUAAUUUUUGGCAAAUCUUGUCUAGCUAUUGACAAAUAAAAAGUUAUUACUUUAUUCACAUAGAAACUCACUAAAUUUUACUGUUGUUCAUUGUUAGCUUUGUUUGUUUUUUUUAAUUCCCUCUCAACUCUAGGAGUAAAUCAGGUACAGUU